GACACAAUCAGCCAGCUAGAAAGUGAUCUGAGAGAAAUUAAGAGUGAAAUGGCUCGGCAUCUGAGGGAAUACCAAGACUUGCUCAAUGUUAAGAUGGCUUUGGAUAUAGAGAUAGCAGCAUACAGGAAGCUGCUGGAAGGUGAGGAGACUCGUUUUAGCACCUCAAGCGUCAGCAUCUCACCUCUAAAUCCCCUUUCAAAUCCAAGCUAUUCCUUUCAGCCCCGGCUCUACAGUUCAUCUGUGAUAAGCAGUUCCAAAAUAUCUCCCACUCUUUCUUUUAAGAAAGAGGAGAAAGAAGAGGCUACUAAAUUGGCCUCAAAAAUCUCAUCAAGUCAGGUAGGGGAAGCCUUUGCUGAAAUGAUUGAGGAGACCAUAACAUCCACUAAGAAAACAGAGCGAACCAAUCUGGAGGAGGGGAACAAUGCAAACCAAAACAUUUAACACUCUUAGCCUUGAGAACAAUUCGAUUCUAAGGGGGAACGAUAUAGCUUGAAAAUUUAAAUUGCUUAUACCUGAAUCAAGGUGCUUACCAGUUCACAAACACGUAGCAUUCUAAGGUUUCACAUCACUAGACUAGUUCUUGAGCAAAGAAAUGAAGGAAUCAAAGUUAAGCUGGAAAUACUGUAAUGAAACGAUCCAGUUACAGUAAUAUAGUAGCCAGGUUUCUAGAUUUAAAAAACACAAGGAAAUUCCAAAGAAGCAGCUAAGAGGGAAGAAUACCUCUGCAUAUUUGAAGACUAGUAUGUCUCAGAUAUGCCUGCAUAUUUUUUUACCUAACCCUAAAUCUGCUAACCAGGCGAACAACAAAUACUGACAUCACAGAUCCAUCCAAAAAAGGUAAAACUGUAUGUCCAUGCUGCAAGCUUAUUUCAGAUCAGGGAAGGGGAGAUUUACUCCUACAACUACUGUUCAGCUUCAUUACAAAAACAAAACAGGAUUUCUGCACUAUUAUUGGUGUUCUAAAUGAAAAAGGUUAGUUUUCUUAAGAAAAACAUUUAUUCCUUGACAACUACUAGUAAUAUCACAAGGAGAAUCCUUUUGAUUAGUUAAAUUGAAUGUGGCUUGAAGGGUCAAAUCUAUUCUUCCUUCCCCAAAUGGUCCCAGCCUGAAUCAUGGCUGCAUACACAUGCAAUUUGCCUUUUACAGACCCAUGGGAAUCUAUGUCCAUCAUCACAUCUGACUUUGUCUCCUAGACUCAGUUGAAAUAUGAACACAGCUGCUUAAGGGUAGGACAUGCGAUACCCCCAAAAUUAUACCUCAUCAAUGAGGUGCAGAUUAAUCCUGAACCUCUGAAAGUAGGAAACGCAUGGCUGCUUCACUCCAUUUCCAGUCCUUUGCUUUGCAGUGUGUUCUCUGCUCUUUUACAAAGAAGCACAACACAUCUAGGAAUGCUUGGUGGAAGCUACUGCCUUAAAAGGGGGUGAGCUUGUUUAGAAAGAUGAGUACUAGGCCUCACAAUAAGCAAGUACAUGCAACACUGAUGUAUAAUAAAGUGUAGUGUUCUGUGAUGACUAGCACAUUGUGAAGAGGCACUUGUGUAUCUAAUCUCGGAUUACAGUUGUUCGAAACAAGCUGAGCAUGGUGUAUUCUUCCUCUUUAAAAGUUUAUAGGGUGAAAUACGAGGGUGUAAGUAUCCUAAUCUAUUAUUAAGUGCACGUCCAGUCAACAUCUGUGAUAAUAGUGAGCCUCAGUUCAGUUUCACUUUGUGCCAUAGUAGUAAUUUUUUUAACGGUCAUUGCUUAGAAUCAAUAGUGCCAGGUACUAAAAAAAAUAAAGAAAAUACAUGUACUAUAACUAGUUUUUACAUUUUAGCCUUAGGCUUGUAUAAGGCUAAAUGAAAAAAAAAAUGACCAGCUCUUUUGUUCUUUAGAAGCACAGAGUUCUAAUGGUGUUUCAAAAGUUGGGAUACUUGCAGCUUCUUACAGCCACAAUGUAAAACUACAGAUAGCUUUGCUUUUGAUUCACCAUUAUAAAAGGAGUGUAGAUUUAUGCCAGCUGCUUAUUUCUCUAUUACGGAAAGAAACAGGGUAUCUAUGUGCUGUACUGAGACAAGUUGUGUUGGUAAACACACCUGUUUAGGAAUUUUUCCUUAACAUGUUUUCUUAAAUUUAUUCACUGCCACAUGGUCACCACACAAUGGUAGUGGCUCUGAUUUAUCUUUGAAUAGGUUAGGAGCACAUUUGGCUGGCCUUGCUGGCCAGAAACAAACAAAAACCACUUUGGUUUGGUAAAUAAGCAACAAUAGAGGUGCCAUAGACUAUAGAAUUCUGAUCCUUCCAACACUUUGGCAAACAGAAUUCACUUUUUUGUCAUCACUACACUACGAACACAGGGAGGGAAAGAUCCACACCCACAAUUUCUCCACAAAGAAAGCAAGAAUUCUGGUAAGGCUGAAUCUCAUUGUCCAUGUAUAUUAGCUGUCAGUAUACAUCUCCAGUCUAUCACUCAAAUAUGUGCCAAGUUUUAUAUAGCAUUUACUGUUGCAGAUUUUCUUUCAAUGCCUUAAGAUUUUCAACAUUUGUGUGUUGUGAUGUAUUUGCAUCGGUGCAUCCUGCAAUGAAAGAGCUGGAUAACACAAAGUCAUCUUGUUCUAUCAGUCUUACUGCAAUAGUUCCUUGAACCAAGAAGUGUUUGCUCAUAUUUUCUCCUCUGUAAGGCACAAAUAAAUAAAAGGUGACAUGAAUUCAA